AUGGACUGGAGGGACAGAGGUCACAAAAAAGCAUUAUUAGCUUGGGAUAGACUAUGUUGUCCAAAAGCAGCAGGGGGAUUGAACAUACUGGACAUAGGCAUAUGGAAUAAAGCAGCCAUUUGCAAGCUGUUGUGGAGUCUAAGUAAGAAGAAAGAUAAAAUGUGGAUACAAUGGGUCCACCUAUACUAUAAGAGAUACAUUACUUGGGGUGAUCGACCAAAGCAAGCAUCAUGGGUGGUCAAAAAAAUAAUAAAAGCAAAGAAACACUUUGAAAAAGCAGGGUACUCAGAAGAAAAGGUGCUGCAAAUGGACAAAUUCUCAAUCAAGGCUAUGUACUCGAAGCUUAGAGGAGAAUUUACAAAGGUAUCAUGGAGGAGGAUGACAUGUAAUAAUGCUGGGCUACCUAAAUGGACAUCCACACUAUACCUGGCUGCUCACAGAAGAUUAUUAACAAGAGAAAGAUUAGGGAGAUGGGGCUUCCUGGAGGAUACAUCUUGUGCACUAUGUAACAGUGAAGAAGAAAUUAUUGACCAUUUAUUCUUUAAAUGUUCAUUUUCAACACAAGUAUGGGCAGCAAUGCUAGAAUGGCAGGGAAUAAAGAGGCGGGUGAUGGCUUGGGGACAAGAACUAGAAUGGGCUGAAAGACAAUACAAAUUGAAGAGUCGUACAGCAGAAGUAUACAUAAUGGUUCUAGCUGGUAGCAUAUACUACAUAUGGCAAGAGAGGACUGCACGAGUAUUUCAAGCAAGACAGAGGAGUGCUGAAGCAAUUACUAGACAACUAGUUCAAGAAGUCCACUAUCGAGGGGGCACGAAACAUAGACUGAAGGAGAGAUUAUUAGAGUUAAACUACUACCCUAUUGUUCAUAUGGAUGUGUAA